CUCUUGCUGCAGGACUGUUUCAUCGUGCCAUAAUCCAGAGUGGCUCAGCAUUGUCCAGCUGGGCCGUCAACUACCAGCCAGUUAAAUACACAAGGCUGCUGGCAGAGAAAGUGGGCUGUAAUGUGCUGGACACACUAGACAUGGUAGACUGCCUGAGAAAGAAGAGCGCUCGUGAGCUGGUGGAACAAGACAUCCAGCCAGCGAGAUACCACGUCGCCUUUGGCCCAGUCAUUGACGGCGAUGUCAUUCCCGACGACCCUGAGAUCCUGAUGGAGCAGGGCGAGUUCCUCAACUAUGACAUCAUGCUGGGUGUUAACCAGGGUGAGGGGCUGCGCUUUGUGGAGAACGUUGUGGACUCUGAAGAUGGCGUCUCGGGCAAUGAUUUCGACUUCUCGGUCUCUGACUUUGUGGACAGUCUUUAUGGUUACCCAGAGGGAAAGGAUACCCUACGAGAAACCAUUAAGUUCAUGUACACGGACUGGGCAGAUAGAGACAACCCUGAGACGCGCCGUAAGACUCUAGUGGCGCUUUUCACCGAUCAUCAGUGGGUGGAGCCCUCGGUGGUGACGGCAGAUCUUCACGCCCGCUAUGGGUCGCCCACGUACUUCUACGCCUUCUACCACCACUGCCAGAGCCUGAUGAAACCCGCUUGGUCAGAUGCGGCCCACGGAGAUGAGGUGCCCUACGUCUUUGGCAUUCCCAUGAUUGGCCCGACUGACCUCUUCCCCUGCAACUUCUCCAAAAAUGAUGUCAUGCUUAGUGCUGUUGUCAUGACCUACUGGACAAACUUUGCCAAAACUGGGUAAGUGCCUAACUUACCAGUGCGUAUUUCCUCAGGACACCAAGUUCAUCCACACUAAGGCCAAUCG